AUGGAAGUCUUCGGGGUGAAGAUUUUCUUCAAUGUUGUAGUAGUAGGGUUCUUGUUCCACCUCUUGGAGGUGGGUCUGGCUAGCGGCGGAGGGUUCAGUGUCGACCUCAUCCACCGCGAUUCCCCUCAUUCUCCGUUCUUUGAUCCUUCAAAGACUCGGACUGAGCGGCUGACGGACGCUUUCCACCGGUCUGCUUCUCGUGUCGGUCGCUUCAGACAAAGUGCCAUGACCUCAAAUGGAAUUCAAUCUAGGUUAGUCCCGUCGGCCGGGGAAUAUAUCAUGAAUUUGUCUAUCGGAACUCCACCAGUUCCGGUCAUCGCCAUUGUUGAUACCGGCAGUGAUCUCACCUGGACGCAGUGCCGGCCCUGUACCCACUGUUACAAGCAGGUUGUCCCAUUCUUUGACCCCAAAAAUUCAUCAACUUACAGAGAUUCUUCCUGUGGAACAAGCUUUUGUCUGGCUUUGGGGAAUGACCGCUCAUGUCGCAAUGGAAAAAAAUGCACAUUCAUGUACAGCUACGCCGAUGGAUCCUUUACUGGCGGAAACCUAGCAGUCGAAACGCUCACUUUCGCGUCCACCGCCGGAAAACCAGUAAGCUUUCCGGGGUUCGCGUUCGGCUGUGGGCACAGAAGUGGUGGCAUAUUCGAUGAGCACAGCUCUGGGAUAGUAGGCCUUGGAGUCGCGGAGUUGUCCAUGAUUUCUCAGUUGAAAUCCACCAUAAACGGCCGUUUUUCAUACUGUUUGCUGCCUGUUUUCACCGAUUCCAGCAUGUCCAGCCGGAUAAAUUUUGGCAGAUCAGGCAUCGUCUCCGGCUCCGGCACCGUCUCCACUCCGCUUGUCACGAAAGGCCCAGAUACCUACUACUACCUGAUCACGUUAGAAGGCUUCAGUGUGGGGAAGAAGAGGCUGUCAUACAAGGGUUUUUCGAAGAAGGCUGAAGUUGAAGAGGGAAACAUUAUCGUUGAUUCGGGGACAACAUAUACCUAUCUCCCCCUGGAGUUUUACAUCAAAUUGGAGGAAUCUGUAGCACACUCCAUUAAAGGGAAACGAGUCAGAGACCCGAAUGGGAUUUCCAGUCUGUGCUAUAACACUACAGUUGAUCAGAUAGAUGCUCCCAUUAUUACAGCUCAUUUCAAGGAUGCAAAUGUGGAGUUGCAGCCAUGGAACACAUUCCUGAGAAUGCAGGAAGAUCUGGUUUGCUUUACAGUGUUGCCCACUUCUGAUAUUGGGAUCUUGGGGAACUUGGCUCAGGUGAAUUUCUUGGUAGGGUUUGAUCUCAGGAAGAAGAGGGUCUCUUUCAAGGCCGCUGAUUGCACCCUGCAUUAG